AUCAAUCCAACAGCUGACAAAAGUACACAGAAACUAUCUAACUGCAUCACUCUGCUCAACGUCUUACACCUCCCACCCGAAUCGGCGGCCACCGCCGGCCCCUACCAAUCCUCCCACGACAUGCAGAAAAAGAACGGUACAGUCUUAUAUAACUCGAAGUUCCACAAACCCUAAUAAACAAAUCUUCCCCGGCCGGGGUUACAGGUACCGAAAAGAGGCAGGAGGACAAAACUUGGGAAGUUGGUCACAUGAACUGGACCGCAACAAAUUAAGCCAUUUAGGCUUAUAGCUAGAACAAACAGGUUUAAGUAGUUAAUUAUUUGUUAAAAAUGGGGUUAGGAGAGAGUUUUUUUUUUUUUUUUUCUUCCUCCAGUUUAUCUUCCUGUUUUCUGGGUGAACUGUUGUUUUUACCAAAAGAAGAGCCAGUAGUAGUUGUCCUGUAUUAAGGGCAUGGUUCCCUGCAUAAUUGGUGUCAAAAUUCUAUUCAAACAGUAACAAACCCCAAGGGCUGCCUAAUUUUUUUUUUGAUUGAAGGGAGGUGCCGGCAACAAGACUGCCGAUCACCAGGGGAGAAAGCAAGAGGUUAUCUUCGAGGAAGGUAGUUACAAAGAUCAAACGAUCACCUGUCUAGGGAAACUUACCCCCCUCAGAUCUUCCAGUAAAAUUUUCUAUAAUUCGGGUGGGGGAUUCAGCAGUUCAAACGUCCCGAAGGGAUAGACGAGACUGUGCUUCGAGAGCCAGUCCGCGACUCUAUUCCCUUCGCGGUACGUGUGAACUAACUGAACUACCCAAGGGCUGCCUAAUACUAGCUACCACUAUAUACCUAGCUAGCUAGUCUUAAUUAGUUUCAGCUUGUAAACAACUAGGGGUUUGUUCUGAAUCCUUCUUCUUGUUAAUGUUUAGGUGACUUGUGGCCGUUGUGGGGUUGUUUCUCUGAUCCCAACUGACGGAUUUGUGAGAGUAGGACCGGCUCGUGUGGUAGAGUUGCGGAAGUUAGAGCGCGAUGGUUUGUUGUUCUUGAUCGAGUGGUGAGAAGUUAUGAAUUUCGGGAUUUGAUUCUUUUGAAUUUGCUUAAACCAAGUUAAAUCUCAUACAUUGGGAUUGUCGUGCUUGGAUCGAAGGGUAUAUCUUGCCCAGAUAGAGCUCAUUAAGGUGAUGUCCUUCAUUUCAAGAUGUCAAAAACCUGCUUGCAAGUUGACAACUCGGAUCAUCAAAGAGCAAAUUUGUGACUUGUUCGUCCAGAUUGAAUUUAGAUUCUUAACCUAAUCAUCAUGUCAUUCCACAAGAUUGUCUUAGGAGCUCAAGACAUUCAAAGAACGAAAGUAGGGGGGGGGGGGGGUCAUAUUACGUUUAUUACAUUAAUCAUGUUGAUUUUUACCGUGUAGUAUUAUUUUUAUCAUGAUUUUUCUAUAAUACGAUUUUAAUUUGUAGAUGAUUUUCCCACCGUUUUGAUUUUCUUUAGGGGAUGACCAAUUCGAUGUUGAUUGUUGGCUCAGAUUUUUAACAAAAAAAUGGGCUUAUUAAUAGCUCAUUAUUUCCCUCAAAAUAUGCUUAAAAAGGAAACUAUGAUGCAAAUGGGUGCUAAGAGAGAUGUGUUUGUCUGUCUAAUGUCACAUCACAAACACCACAAAUUUCAAUUUGUCGUCAUGAAAUGAGGAAAAGAGAAAUUAAAGUGAGAGAGGCUGCGCGAAAUUGUAAUUAGUGGAGUUGUUAGUUUGAUUAAUUGCUGCCAUGUUUUUUGAAUGCUGCCAUUGGCCAAUUAAUCUCUCUCCCUUUCCUGUUUUGGUAGUGUGCUGUUUUGCUGUGCCGACAACAGACCAGAUACCAAGUUCUUGGCCACUAAUUAGACAAUGUCUGGUUUGCUGUCUGUCUGAUCUUUCUCACCAUAUUAGUGCUCCAUUUUUUUAGCUCCAAGAGGUGAAAAUCUAUAGGCACAUAAUAUGAGCAUAACUAUCUAGCUAGGAAAUGUGAGUUACAUUUGCAUAUGUGAUGCUGUUUACACCUAUAAAUUUUUCCAUGGAGGAAAACAUAUAUUUGUACUAUGAAGUAAGACAAUGGCUCACUAUGUUGGGACUUGAGAGCAUGCAUGCAUUUUCAAACAUAUAUUUGUACUAUGAAGAAAAUUUUCCAUGGAGAAUCAACAAAGAAACCUAACCUUAGGAUCACCAGAAUUGUUGAAUUUUCAAACGCAAAAUCUCUCUAUAUGACCACAUCAACCACCCAACACUACACAAAUUUCCCUCCAAUCGCGACUUUAAGAUCCUAAUCCUGCGCAUAUGGUUCCAAUUAACCAGGUUGGAUGGUGGGUCUCGAGGGGCAAAGUAGAAGUUCCAACAUACAUAACGUACGAGUCAAGAGGGAAGUGUCGGUUGAUCAUAUGAACAUCUCACCGUUAACAAAAUUUAGAUGAAAUUUUCAACAAGCAUACAAAAACUAAUAAAUAACAUAAUACACAAAUGUAUUUACUUAUUAAAACGUUAUUGCAUAACAGAUGAAUGAAAACUGUCAUUUAACUUUUAGAUGUUUCAUAAUAAAAAAAAUAAAAUUUUGCCCAUAAGAAAGGGAGGAUGUUUUCAUAAUUCUCCAAAAUUAAUGUAAAGACUAGGAUUGCAUGGGACAAACAAAGAUUGAGACAAUCAAGCAUUGCAAAACACCCAAACUUUCCUACGUUGUACAUUGUCAACUAACACUUGUGGGCCACCAAUUGCAUCUAUGAUCUAAAUUCUAACCACAGGUGGAUCAAAAUCAAAACAUUGAAAAAUACCAAAAGAGAUUAUAGCAAGUGGCUAUCAAGCCAUUGGUGCCUAUUAAUCUCCAAAAUCCCAAUUAACCCACCAAAACAAUUUAAAAAAUCUUGAGUAUUUUUGUAUAUUUCAACUAAUUAGAUACGAGAGAAUUCCAUAAGAAAACAAUAAAAGGAUACCCAUACAAAAUUUUAACUAUGAUUAUGUAGAUCACUAUGCAUAAGGGCAUGCAGCUAUUUCAAGAAGCCCCGCUUAUUAAUUAACAACAAAAAUAUUAGAGAGCUCUUGAGCCAAGGAGAUUGAGCAAACCUAUGAGUUAAAAAAUGCCCAAGUUAGUACAAAUUUUUGAAAGGUGGUGGUGGCAAUUGGCAUAGAAUGGGAGACACAGAAACAGCUCCCACGUUGCCUCUCAAAUUAUAUUUCAUUUACUUUAGUUUCUUCUUUUGGUGGGUUGGGUUCAAAAUCAAACAUAUAUAUAACACACUACACUAGCAAGAGAGAGAGAGAGAGCCCUAUAUUGAAAAGGGAGGAAACAAAAUUGGGUUCUUUGUACAUUCCAAGGAAUAAAUAUAUCCCAUUUCCCUCUUGUGAACCUCCAUAAAUACUCUCUAUCUUCCAUGCCCUACACUCUCCUCUCCUCUAUGUCUUCUUACCACAGCAAACACCUCUUCCCUUCCAUAGUUUGACUGACAACUAUAUAUCAUCAUCUUAGAGGAGAGAAAGCUAGCCAAUUUCGAAGAAGGAGCUUUCUUUGGAUCAUCAUCAUCAUCAUGGGAAUUCACCAGAAGCCCGCAUGGUUGGAAUCACUCUACAACGAGAAGUUCUUCGUUCCCUGCCCAUACCACGAAUCCGCCAAGAAGAACGAGAAGAACGUAUGUUGCCUCGAUUGUUGCACCAGCAUAUGUCCUCACUGUGUCCCCGCUCAUCGUGCUCACAGAUUGCUUCAAAUUCGUCGGUAUGUCUAUCAUGAAGUUGUGAGGCUGGAAGACCUCGAGAGGCUCAUGGAUUGCUCGAGCGUUCAGGCUUACACCAUCAAUAGUGCCAAAGUGGUGUUCAUCAAGAAAAGACCCCAAAACAGGCAAUUCAAAGGGUCAGGGAAUUAUUGCACUUCAUGUGAUAGAAGCCUCCAAGAACCAUUCAUUCAUUGCUCCCUUAGCUGCAAGGUGGAUUUCGUGCUGAAGCAUUACAUGGACUUAAGCCCAUUCCUAAAGAAGUGCAAGACUUUAGUAUUAGGACCGGACUUCUUGAUCCCUCAGGACAACAUGGGAGACGUCGACGACAUGAUGACCAACUCCGACGAGCCGGCGAUGAGCUGGUCGUCGGGGUCCGGCGGCGGAUCGUCGUCGUCCUCCUCGGGGUCCGAGAACAUGAUGAUGAGCAGCAUGAUGAUGAUGGCACCGCCGUGUCCCGACAAGAUCGUGCGCAAGAAGAGAAGCGGGUUGAUCUACGUCUGGUCCAGAUCGCCGUCGACAAACUACGACGACCACCACGGCCACAAUCAUAACCAUCAAUAUCACAGUAAUAGAGUCUCCGACGAGGACAUGGCCACCAGCUUGAGCCGGCGGAAAGGCGUCCCUCAACGGUCUCCUUUGUGUUAACUAAUUAGCAAACUAAGAGGAAGAGGAAAUAACAAACCCAACAUUAUGAUGAGGAUUUUUAACAUUGUAGCUUUAAUUACUUUUUCUUUCCGAAUUUUGACUAAAUCCAUCCAACGGAGCGCGGUAUCAGAUUAAUAAUUAAUCAUUCUCCUAACAAAUUCGAGUUAUUGGUUUGAACGGUUCUCUUGACACGAUAUCAGAAUCUUGGAUUGCCGAAAAAGUGAUCACGUGUUUAAAUCUUGACGGCUCCCAUUAAACACAUGGUAUCCGAGCUUAUGCAAACUUCAAACAAAUAUGAAUACCAAUCAUUUGAGAGGACAUGUUAUUGUGACUAUAUAAACAUUUCUUGACAUAGUAUCAUAUUCCACACCGGUGAAAUGUUUCAUUCUAACAUAUAGUAUAAGAUUCCACGCGGUUCUAUCUUUUUUGGAGUCAUUUAAUCUCAUCUCUUUAAUCCAAUAAAUUCGAGAUACUGGAUUGAAAGACUGUUGACAUGGCACUAGAGCCUCCUAUUGCUGAGUAGCCAUGUAUUUGAAUAUUGACUAUAUCCAAUAUUAAACACAUCAUAUUCAGAUUUAUUGCAAACUUCAAAUCAAUAUAAUUAUCUUGAGUACAUAUCAAUAAUAUUAUUGAGACUAAACAGUUGUUCACAUAGAAUCAGAGUCUUAACACUUUGUGAAAUGUUUCACUCCCACAAUAUCUCUCUACCUCUAUCCCUAGUUGAAAAUUUUGGAGUUGAUUAAUCACUUGGUCGGAAGUUUUGUCUUAAUGGCAUCACGUGGUUCCCAAUUCCAAGUAAUGGUUUUGUACAUUUUUCAAGGGGUUUUUUUUUUGUCACGAAUUCCUUAGUUAAUUGGAAUGAUCAUAUCGAGACCCAAGUUUGUACUAUUUGGCCAUAUUUUCUCGUGCAUGGUUAUGUUAUAAUAAAGCUUUGCAUACGUAUAAGCUGAGGUUGUACUUGAUCGACCAUGGGCGGUCCUAGAAAUCUUAUAAAAAAGGCUAUGCAUGUAGAGUGAUCAAUUAAGGUGAAAGAAAUUAGGGGGAAAAUGUAGAUGAAGAAUCCAAACAUUAGGGUUUUGUUAAUCAAGUUCAUCACCAUUUCAAAAAAAAAAUUACGCUUUUGCAAUUGUACAUAAAAACUGAAUAUGUAUAAAAUCGAAACACUCAUUAUUAAGAGAUCGUUUUACAUUUUUUAUAUAUGUUAAUUCUGAAUGUAUAGACCGUCUUUGGUUGUACCUCCUUACUCUUCGUUCAAAAUUAUUUGGGCUUCCAAAAAUUACUAAGCAACAUAUACACAAUCUAGCCAAGUUUAUAAUUAGAUAAGAACUAGAAAUACAUCAUAAAAUCAGACGAUCUCGAAUAGUAAGAUGGUGAAACUACUCAUUCUUCGAAAAUACAGAAGUUUUGGUAAAAAAAAAUCUAAGUGACAUGGAAAAUUGUCAAAAUUUGUGGAUGAGAAUUAGGGCAAGAGACAAAAAAGAAAGAUAUUUUGUGGGGUUGUUAUUAUAAAGAAGAUAGAAGAUAUUAUUGUUGGAGAAUUUUGGAGAUAACGAUAUGAAAUUGAUAGCUACCUUUCAUUACCCUUUUCUUUAACUAAUUAAAUUCUCAUGCAUGAUAAUGGCCCAAUGGGCAUCCUUUGACUAAUCUAGUAAUUUCCUUAAUACUGGGGUUUUACAUUAUGUACAUGAUCUUAAUUAUGUCGCAUUGCAGACACACCCCACCGGCUUCUUCUUGAGAACCGAGAGAUAAACCAGACAGGGUUAAGGUUAAUAAUAAUUAAAUUUCUUUUAAAUAAAUACAGGUACUCGAGAUUUAAACAUGGGUAUAUAUAUAUAUCUUGACCAGUCAAAUCGUACCACGUUAUAUAUCAUAUAUGCAAGUUGGUCAUAAAAUAGAAUUAAUUUGUGAUAAUACAUUUGUUGAUUCAGUAGGUCGGUAGUUAAUUCAUUUGACUUGUUAGAUUUCCCGUUGUUACAUAUGAGGAUUUGUAUGAGUUAAUCAUGUUCAUGAUCUCGAGUGAGAGGAGAACAUUGUUGUUUGUGUGGUAUACUAAUGAUGAAUUGAUUAUCAAUAAGUAGUCCCAUUGGGACAUCCAAUAAAAUGAAUAUCUAUACGUAGAACGGUAUUAUUUUGGUUUAAGGAGAUCAUAGAUCAAAAGUAUCUCGAUUUGAUACUCUAGUAUCAUAAGAAAAGAAUGAGGAAAAAAUGUUUUGUGCACGGCACAACCUGCAGAGCUGAGCCGCAUAAAAAAAAAGUAGAUUAUAGUUGGUUAGUGGCCUAUGUUAAAUGUACUUCUGGAGGAGGUGAAGCCUUGAAUUUUACGUUCAUUUAUCGAAGUUCUGUGUUAAACAUUUGAAAAAGAAACAAAACGACUAUAGGUGACAUCGUUCCUUUAUACCUCUUCUCCUUCAGCCGCUCGGGGUAUGAUAAUUUAUCGUUAUGAAAAGUCACCAUUUUCUAUUCUUAAUUAUGUCUAGUUUGUUGUGAAACAAGCAAAUCUUUCUAAGUGUUUGCUAAUUCGUACGGUACAGGUGGUUAUGAGAGUCCAAAUCAAUAUAAUAUUUUGUCGAUAUGAAACGGAUCAGCUACGAUUUAAUUUAACCCAAAAUAUCAUAUCAUUGGUACGGUUUUAUAAUCUUUGCAUUGUGGACAAAUGCUGGCCCUUGAAAUAUAUGGCUUUUGUGUUUGGGCCUGACGUAGUAUGGUUUGGUCAUUGGUGCUAUUAUUGGGCCAAGAACUUUGUUGGUUUUCAAGUGGGUCUCCAAAUGGCUCUCUAGCACAGGCUGGUUUUAGUUUGUGUUUGGGCCUUAAUCAACCCUGGGGGGAAACAUUGUAGUUGGGCUUGCUACACAAGAUCAAAUUUUCAUGAUUGAUGUAUUGAACAUAAAAUCAGAUAAUUAAUUAAUCCAAAUGUAAAGGUUUGAUAUUUGUUUAAAAUGAUCAAUUUCUUGGCCCAUUAGUCACUAAUUUUGGGAUUAGACAGGAACCAAAAUAAACCCAUUCUCUAAACUGGGCCCCAUCCAAAUUAUCACUAAAGAGUAAAGACAAACAUUCAAAAAUAAAAGGCUUCAAAGUUGGAACUAUCCAUUACUGUUGUUGGAAUAUGGAACUUUAGUUAACAUCACAAUAAUUUUGAUUUGGAUAU